GUUGCAUUGCAGCCAUGGGCUCUUGCCCUAUCAGCAUCCCUGGUGUCGCUGUCCUAGGUGUGGUCCUGCCAGGUCUGCUGCAUCUUUCUCUGCAGUUCAAUGUUGAUGUGAAAGACACUAUGACCUUCAGUGGCCCCGUGGAGGAUAUGUUUGGAUAUACUGUUCAGCAGUUUGAAAAUGAAGAAGGAAAAUGGGUGCUGAUUGGUUCUCCUUUAGCUGGUCAACCCCAGAACCGAACAGGAGAUGUCUACAAAUGCCGUGUGGGAAAGAACCGUGGUUCACCAUGCGUGAAGCUGAACUUGCCAGAUGACAUAUCCAUUCCUCAAGUUACAGAAGUAAAGGAGAACAUGACCCUUGGAGCGACUUUAGUGACAAAUCCCAAAGGAGGAUUUUUGGCAUGCGGGCCUCUGUAUGCUUACAAAUGUGGACGUUUGCAUUACACGACUGGCAUCUGUUCUAACGUCGACUCCACUUUUCAAGUUGUAAACUCUGUGGCCCCAUCUGUGAAAGAAUGCCAGACUGAGCUGGACCUUGUCAUCGUUCUUGACGGCUCUAACAGUAUUUACCCUUGGGAGAGCGUGACAUUGUUUUUGAACCGGCUGCUGCAAAAUAUGGAUAUAGGUCCACAACAGACUCAAGUUGGAAUUGUUCAAUAUGGAGAAAACGUAACACAUGAAUUUAACCUCAACACUUACACAACUACAGAAGAUGUGCUGGCUGCAGCAAAUGCCAUCAUUCAGAGAAAAGGUCGUCAAACUAUGACAGCUCUUGGAAUUGAUACAGCAAGGAAGGAAGCUUUCACAGAAGCUCGCGGCGCACGCAGAGGGGUACAAAGAGUGAUGGUGGUUGUGACUGAUGGAGAAUCUCAUGACAACUUUCGACUGCAAAAAGUGAUUGAGGAUUGCGAAAAAGAUAACAUACAGAGAUACUCAAUUGCUAUCCUUGGCUCCUACAACAGAGGCAAUCUAAGCACCGAGAAAUUUAUUGAAGAAAUAAAAUCAAUUGCAAGUCAGCCAACUGAAAAGCAUUUCUUCAAUGUCUCGGAUGAAUUUGCUCUGGUUAAUAUUGUGGAAGCUCUUGGAGAGAGAAUAUUUGCCCUGGAAGCAACAAAAGACCAGCUGGCAUCCUCUUUUGAACUGGAAAUGUCUCAAGCUGGUUUCAGUGCCCAUUACUCCCAGGAUUGGAUCAUGCUUGGAGCAGUUGGAGCCUAUGAUUGGAACGGAACUGUCAUCAUGCUGAAAGAUACUACCUUUAUCCCAAGAAAUGAUUCAUUUUAUAAGGCUUCAGAAGGAAAUGCACCUCUUGCAGCUUAUUUAGGGUAUGAAGUAAAUUCUGCCUCUGUUCCUGGAGAUGUAUUAUAUAUUGCUGGCCAACCUCGAUAUAACCACACUGGCCAAGUUGUCAUUUAUAGAAAGACAGAUGAAGAUAUUGAAAUAAUUCAGCGAUUAAGUGGAGAACAAAUUGGAUCUUAUUUUGGGAGUAUUAUUACAACUGUUGACAUCAAUAACGACACAUUUACUGAUCUUCUGCUUGUGGGUGCACCUAUGUACAUGGGGACUGAAAAAGAUGAACAAGGCAAGGUGUAUGUGUAUUCUUUGAAUGAGACUAGGUUUGAAUAUCAGAUGAGCCUUGAGCCAGCCAAACAAACAUGCUGUUCGGUACUAAGAGAUAAAGGCUGCACAAAUCACAAGAAGAAUGAACCUUGCGGUGCUCGUUUUGGGACCUCAAUUGCUCCAGUAAAGGACCUCAAUCUUGAUGGGUUUAACGAUGUAGUCAUAGGUUCUCCUCUAGAAGAUGAUCAUCGAGGAGCUGUGUAUAUUUACCAUGGCAAUGGAAGCAGCAUAAGGAAAGAUUAUGCACAGCGCAUUGCAUCAGGUGGAGAUGGGGAAAAGAUGAAAUUUUUUGGUCAGUCUAUACAUGGCAAAAUGGAUUUAAAUGGUGAUGGACUGACAGAUGUCACCAUUGGAGGCCUUGGUGGGGCAGCCCUCUUCUGGACUCGAGAUGUUGCUGAGAUAAAUGCUUCCAUGAAUUUCAUGCCCAGCACAAUUAAUAUCCAGAAGAUUAACAAUGGCACUCAAAGAAAAAACGUGUCCAUCAAUAGUACUAUUUGUUUUGAAGUCCGAUUGAAAUCGAAGGAAGAUACAAUUUAUGAAAGGAAUAUCCAGUAUUGGCUCACACUUGAUGCACAAAGGAAGUCAUCUCGGAGUUUUUUCACAGGAACCCAAGAACGGAAGAUACAAAAAAAUAUCACAGUCAAUGGGUCAGAAUGUAUUAAUCAUACCUUCUACAUGUUGAGCAAACCUGAUUUUCGUGACUCUGUGAAGGUUUUGCUAGAGUUCAAUUUUUCGGACCCUGAGAGUGGCCCUAUUCUUGAUGCUGAGCUGCCGAACUCAAUAUUUGAAUAUAUCCCAUUCACAAAAGAUUGUGGAAAAAAGGAAAAGUGCAUUACAGAUCUACAACUGACUGCUGAUGCAAGACUAGAAAGAGACAGUGCUUCUAUGAUCGUCAUCAAGUCAAGCAAUUACAAAUUCCCAGUCCAUCUGCUUGUUAGAAAUAAAGGAGACAGUGCCUAUAAUACAAGAGUCAUAGUUCAAUACCCUGCAAAUAUUAUUUUCGUUGGAACAGAGAGAAUUCAAAAAGAUAGCUGUGAAUUUGGACUUCACAUCACCUGCAAAGUGGGUUACCCCUUCCUAACACCUGGAGAGGAGAUUUCCUUCAAUAUAGUAUUCCAGUUCAAUGUGACUUUUCUUCUGGAAAACACUACUAUUCAUUUUUCUGUGACAAGUGACAGUGAAGAGCACGAUGACACCCUUUUCGACAACAGAGGAAACAUCACGAUACCAGUAAAAUAUGAAAGUGGAUUGGUGUUUUCAAGGGAACCCACUUUCUCUCAUGUCAUUAUUGCUGCAAAUGAGACAGUUCCACCUGUUAUCAACGCCCCUGACAAUAUUGGGGAUGAAAUUAACAUCAGCUAUUUGAUUGUUAAAGGUGAACAUUUUCCAGUGCCAGAACUUACACUGCAAAUUUUAUUCCCUAACUUGACUUCAAUGCAAAACCCUAUACUGUACCUAACUAGACUAUCAUUCACAGAGAAUGCAGUCUGCCGAACUAGUCACCCCAUAGAUCCAUUAAUGAUUGAUGCUGGUGAACCUUUCUCAACGUCAAGGAAAAGAGAGCCUCUAAAGGAUCCAGUUGUUGAAUGUGAUUCCUAUGAUUGUACAACCAUUGACUGUGCUCUGGCCCCAUCUGAUGUAACUCAGGUGAACAUUUCACUCCGACUCUGGAAACCUACCUUUAUAAUGGCAAGUAUUCCCACUGUAGAUGUUAUUGUAACAGCAUUACUGAGGAGUGAAAAUUCAUCAUUGAUCUUGAAAAAAGAAGAUGAAAAAAGAGAGAUCAUUAUUAAGGUUUUAAGAGAACUUCUUCCUGGCCGGGUCCCGUUAUGGGUUAUUCUGCUGAGUGUUUUUGCUGGACUUCUGAUUCUUACACUACUUAUAUUUGCAUUAUGGAAGGCUGGAUUUUUCAACAGGCCCUUAAGGAAGAAAAUGGAGAAAUGAGGAGGGAAAUGACACCAAAAUAAACUGUAGCAAUUCUACAGUGAUCUGCUCUCAGGUCUGCCUCAGAAAUGUGACCGGAAAAUGCCAAAUCUAGU